GCUGGGUGAAGCUGCUCUUGAGGACCCUGGGGAAAUGCAGAAAGACUCAGUCCAGUUUAACAGCCACUAACCACUGCCUGGGAGUUCUUACUUCUGAAAUCCCUUUGCAAGCGGGGACGAGGCGAGUGGGAUGAAAGAGCCGUCCUUGGUGUCACUGGCAGAAGGCGAACAGCUCCCAGCUAACAUCCCAGCUUUCCCAAGGAAAGAUGAAGAAGCGCUAUUUGACGGUUGGGAUUCUGACUGGCUUCCUGGUGGGCCUGGUCCUUUUCUUGGGGUUUUUCUUUGGACUGCGCUCAGCCCCGCGGCCCCCAGCGCAGGAUGGACAUCUCUACAAGACAGCAGCUGUAGCCACGGACGCUGGGCAGUGCUCCAUAAUUGGAAGGGAUAUCCUUCAGCAAGGAGGAUCUGCAGUAGAUGCUGCAAUUGCAGCUCUGCUCUGUGUGGGCCUCAUGAAUCCUCACAGUAUGGGAAUCGGAGGGGGUCUCUUCCUCACCAUCUACACCCACACAGGGAAAGUAGAAGUCAUUAAUGCAAGAGAGGUGGCUCCAAAAAAUGCAUCCUUGGACAUGUUUGGGAACAACACAGAGCUCUCCCUUAAAGGGGGCCUGUCCAUUGCGGUUCCAGGAGAAAUUCGUGGCUAUGAAAUGGCUCAUAAGCGGCAUGGCAAGUUGCCAUGGAAUAGCCUGUUUCUGCCCAACAUCAAGCUGGCGAGAGAAGGGUUCCCAAUUGGGAAAGGUCUGGCAGCAGCCAUCAAGUCAAAAGAGAAGGCGAUUGAAAGCAACCCCUCACUGUGUGAAGUGUUCUGCAGAGGAGGAAGAAUCCUACAUGAGGGGGAUGUCAUCAAGAUGCCCAAACUAGCGAACACCUACGAGACUUUAGCCAACGAGGGAGCAGACGCCUUUUACACAGGGAGCCUUGCGCAGCAAAUUGUCACAGACGUCAAGGAGGCAGGGGGCAUCAUUUCAAUGGAGGACCUAAGAGACUAUACUCCGAUCCUGAGUGAAAAUCCUUUAAACAUCACGAUCGGGGAGUUCACCAUGUACACUCCCAGUGCCCCCCUGAGUGGCCCAGUGCUAGCACUCAUCCUCAACAUACUGAAAGGAUUUAAUUUCUCCAGCGACAGUAUCACGACCAUGGAGAAAAAGGGUCUGACUUACCAUCGCAUUGUGGAGGCCUUCCGCUUCGCGUAUGCCAAGAGGACUUUACUGGGAGACCCAGCAUUUGUCAACAUUACGGAGGUGAUCAGGAACAUGAGCUCUGAGUUCUUUGCGGAUAACCUACGGGGGAAAAUCACUGACAACGCCACCCAUACAGUCGACUACUAUGAGCCAGAGUACUACACUCCAGAUAAUGCCGGUACAUCCCAUCUCUCCGUUGUGGCUGAUGAUGGCAGUGCUGUGUCCGCCACCAGCACCAUCAACCAAUACUUUGGCUCAGAAGUUCGCUCCAACGUGAGUGGAAUCAUAUUUAACGAUGAGAUGGACGACUUCAGUUCACCUUACAUCAUCAAUGGCUUCGGAGUCCCUCCCUCUACUGCAAACUUCAUCAAACCAGGUAAACGGCCCAUGUCCUCCAUGUGUCCAUCAAUCCUAGUGGAUAAAGCAAAUAAGAUCAAGAUGGUGGUUGGUGCGUCUGGAGGAACAAAAAUCACCACAGCAACAGCACUGACAAUCAUCAGAUCCCUCUGGUUCGGGUACGAUGUGACAAAGGCUGUAGAAGAACCUCGAGUUCAUGAUCAGCUGUUUCCCAAUGUCACGGAGCUGGAGCAGAACGUAGAGCAGGGCAUAAAAGAGGAACUAAAGAAGAGGAAACACGAUAUCAAGCGGUCUAACAGUAGCGCCAUCGUCCAGGCCAUUCUAUGGACUGCUGAUGGCUGGGCUGCUGUGUCUGAUUCCCGGAAAGGUGGCUUCCCAGCAGGCUACUGAAGUCGCUCAGGCUGCUCUGACAGCCUGCUUCUUUGCUGCUCUAGUGACCAGCUUACAUCUGGGGAGAGGGGGGAGGGAAUACUUGGGCACUGCAACUCAGGGACUGUCACAGGAAAGAAUGAAUUUGCCUGCGGUUCUGCUAAUGGAUCUGGACAGAUGUUAUCGAGGGCCAUUACUGAAAAGUGCCUUACAACAGAUCAGUGUGCUAAGAAGAAACACAAAUCUCCCAGAAUAUACAGCACCUACCUAAAGGGUCUAGUCCCUCCUCCUGCUCACCAGGGAUUGAGUGCACAGCAUUUGGAAGGUCCAAAGCCCCAGCUGCAGAAAGUGUUCCUUUGGUUUUCAGCUUUAUCCAGCCAGUGGCUGUCCUUGUCUGUCCUCUAGAAGUGACCGCCUUCCCGUGAGACAUGAAUGCUGGGCUGUGAAUGGGAUGCAAGGUGCUGGCAACUCUACACUGUAAAGCAGUACACCCGAGCUACAGUCUGAAGAGUGAUUGGGAUAACCCUUUUCCACACCCUCCCCAUUUUCUUAACAGACUAUCGUCUUGCUUCUCAUUUCAGGAGUUUGAGGCAUGACGGGGUAGCUGAAGAAGUGAUGGGGCCAAUGUCUUUUGUUUGUUUUUGAUAUCUGUUCAAAAGCUGUAAAGGGAAGACAGAGGCUACCUUUUAAACUUAUGCUGAAAGAGAAUUACAGGCCUAUGGAGGUAAACAUCCCUGCUCUCACCUGUACAGUACACGUGUCCACAAGGGAUCGGAAGACUCUAUAUGACUAAGGCACUGCAGCAAUUUGGCUCCUUGGUGCAACUCCUUCAGGUGCCAGAAAAUAGGAACAAGGCUCCCUUAUCCGGGAUGCGUCUUCCCUUCUCCCCUCACCCCAGGAGUCUCCAAUUUGUGUCUCACUAUUCUCCCUUCUGCCAGCAUGCAAAUUCCUAGAGUCCAAAGGGAAAAGGGAGGAAGCAUUUAAAGCUGAAUAUCAUGGUAUAAACUACUGACAGCCAGGGAA